AUGAGUAAAGAAUCACCAAAUUUUGAACUUCAUGAUAUUGAAGCAGGUUCUUCAAAACAAGAUAAUUCAUCAAACAUCCUAAAUAAAAAUGGAAGCAACAUAACAGAUGACAUACCUGGUUCUGAUCAAGAAACUGAAGUGAAAGAGACCCAGGUUAAAAGAGCUUUAAAACCUCGUCAUAUUUCAAUGAUUGCCCUUGGUGGUACUAUUGGUACUGGGUUAUUUAUUGGUAUUUCAACUCCUUUGAAAAACGCUGGUCCUGUUAAUGCAUUGAUUGCCUAUUUAUUCAUGGCCACUAUAGCUUAUUCAGUGACUCAAUCCCUUGGUGAAAUGGCCACUUUCAUUCCAGUUUCAAGUUCUUUUACCGUUUUUUCUAAAAGAUUUUUAUCACCAGCUAUUGGUGUUGCAAAUGGUUAUAUGUAUUGGUUUACAUGGUGUAUCACAUUCGCGCUAGAAUUAUCAAUCGUGGGUCAAAUUAUUGAAUAUUGGACUUUUUCAGUACCAUUAGCUGCUUGGAUUGGUAUUUUUUUCGUUAUUCUAACUUCAAUGAAUAUGAUUCCUGUUAAAUUUUAUGGUGAGAUUGAAUUUUGGGUCGCUUCAAUCAAGAUCAUUGCCAUUGUUGGGUUCAUCAUCUAUUCUUUUAUAAUGGUUUGUGGUGCUGGUAUAACUGGUCCUGUUGGGUUUAGAUAUUGGAGAAAUCCAGGUCCUUGGGGUCCAGGUUAUAUCUUUGAAGGUACAUCAAAGGGGAAAUUUUUGGGUUGGGUUUCCUCUUUAGUUAAUGCAGCUUUUACAUUCCAAGGUACUGAAUUAGUUGGUGUUGCCUCGGGUGAAUCUAAAAAUCCAAGAAAGACAGUGCCAAAAGCUAUUAAUAAAGUGUUUUUCAGAAUUAUGUUUUUCUACAUCUUGUCAUUAUUCUUUAUUGGAUUAUUAGUUCCAUUUGAUGAUCCAAAAUUAAAUUCAACUUCUUCAUAUGCUUCAUCUUCUCCAUUCAUCAUUGCAAUUCAAAAUUCAGGUACACCGGUAUUACCACAUAUUUUCAAUGCCGUUAUCCUAUUAACAAUUAUUUCAGCUGGUAAUUCAAAUGUUUAUAUCGGUUCACGUAUUUUCUACUCAUUAGCACAAAAUGGAUUGGCUCCAAAAUGCUUUGCAUGGACUACAAAACAUGGUGUUCCAUACAUGAGUGUAUUAUUCACCGCAUUGUUUGGUUUAUUAGGGUUUAUGGUUGUCUCUAAAGGUGCAACAACCGUUUUCAACUGGUUAUUAAACAUUACAGCUAUUGCAGGUUUAUUUGCUUGGUUAUUCAUUUCAGUUUCUCAUAUUAGAUUUAUGCAAGCUUUGAAAUUUAGAGGUAUUUCUCGUGAUGAAUUACCUUUUAAAGCUCACUUCAUGCCUUGGGGUGCUUAUUAUGCAACUUUUUUCAUCAUUGUGAUUAUUUUCAUUAAUGGGUUUGAUGCAUUUGUUGGUGGGUUUAAUGUUACUUCAUUCUUUACUGCUUAUAUUUCAGUUAUUUUGUUUGCAGUAUUGUGGUUAUUUUUCCAAUUUGUUUAUUUCAGAGGUAGAUUAUUUGUCAAAUUAGAAGAUGUUGACAUUGAUACUGAUAGAAGAGAGAUUGAUGCUAUUGUUUGGGAAGAUGAUGCUCCAAAGAAUUUGUGGGAGAAAUUUUGGGUGGCUGUAGCAUGA